AUUUCUGAUUCAUUUGCAUCGUUGAAGAGCAUCUGUAGAAGAGGAAAGAAAAGAUGGGUGUGAAAACAUUUACUCAUAGCUCCUCUUCCCACAGCCAGGAAAUGCUUGGAAAGCUAAAUAUGCUGCGAAAUGAUGGACAUUUUUGUGAUAUCACUAUACGUGUCCAGGACAAAAUCUUCCGGGCACAUAAGGUGGUACUAGCAGCUUGCAGUGAUUUCUUUCGCACCAAACUUGUAGGCCAAGCGGAAGAUGAGAACAAGAAUGUGUUGGAUCUGCACCAUGUUACAGUGACUGGUUUUAUACCUCUUUUAGAAUAUGCUUACACAGCUACUCUGUCAAUUAACACAGAAAAUAUUAUUGAUGUUCUAGCUGCAGCCAGCUAUAUGCAAAUGUUUAGUGUUGCCAGCACCUGCUCGGAGUUCAUGAAAUCAAGCAUUUUGUGGAAUACACCCAACAGCCAGCCAGAAAAGGGUCUAGAUGCUGGACAAGAAAAUAAUUCUAACUGCAAUUUUACUUCUCGAGAUGGAAGCAUUUCUCCAGUGUCUUCAGAGUGCAGUGUGGUAGAAAGAACCAUUCCUGUCUGCCGAGAAUCCCGGAGAAAGCGCAAAAGCUACAUUGUUAUGUCUCCUGAAAGUCCUGUAAAGUGCAACACACAAACAAGUUCACCCCAGGUAUUGAAUUCUUCAGCUUCCUACUCAGAAAAUAGAAAUCAACCGGUUGACUCUUCGUUAGCUUUUCCCUGGACUUUUCCUUUUGGAAUUGAUCGGAGGAUUCAGCCUGAGAAGGUUAAGCAGACAGAAAAUACUCGGACUUUAGAAUUGCCUGGCCCAUCUGAGGCAGGUAGAAGAAUGACUGAUUAUGUGACUUGUGAGAGCACAAAAGCUACCUUGCCUCUGGGUACUGAAGAGGAUGUCCGGGUCAAAGUAGAAAGGUUAAGUGACGAGGAGGUCCAUGAGGAAGUGUCCCAGCCUGUCAGUGCAUCUCAGAGUUCCCUGAGUGACCAGCAGACAGUGCCAGGAAGUGAACAAGUGCAAGAGGACCUUCUGAUUAGUCCACAGUCUUCUUCUAUAGGCUCAGUAGAUGAAGGCGUUACCGAGGGGUUACCUACACUUCAAAGCACGUCUAGCACUAAUGCUCAUGCAGAUGAUGAUGAUCGACUGGAAAAUGUUCAAUAUCCCUACCAACUCUACAUUGCUCCUUCUACCAGCAGUACAGAACGGCCAAGUCCAAAUGGUCCAGACAGACCUUUUCAGUGUCCAACCUGUGGGGUGCGCUUUACCCGUAUUCAGAACCUAAAACAGCACAUGCUCAUCCACUCAGGAAUUAAACCAUUUCAGUGUGACCGCUGUGGGAAAAAGUUCACCAGGGCUUACUCGCUAAAGAUGCAUCGCCUAAAGCACGAAGUGAUUUCCUAGUACCGGACUACUUAAACCAGGAGCAAGAAGAGACCCUUGUUCAGUAUGAUCUUGGAGAACACAGUUUUGAGAGCAAUUCCUCUGUUCAAAUGCCUGUAAUUUCACAGGUCUCCUCAACCCAGAAUUGCGAAAGCACUUUUCCCUUGGGGUCUCUUGGUGGGCUGGCAGAAAAGGAGGAAGAAGUGCCAGAGCAGCCAAAGACCAAUGCUUGUGCUGAGGCAACCAGAGAUGACCCCCCAAAAUCAGAGCUGUCUUCUAUAACUAUUGAGUAGUGUUGGUGUUUGGCUUCAUUUUUGGUUUUUGGAAAGUGCCUGUGCUUGGUCUUGUACAUUUAAAUUUAAUUUAAUUUUUUAAACAAACAAAAAAAAAAGGUUGGGAAAAAUUUCCCUUUUUACUUUCUAAGCCCUUCACCUGAUGUUUUAUUUUUUGUAACUGAGAGAUUGCUUCUGUAAGUACACAAUAACAUGAUGUUGAAACAUAAUAGAAACUGAGACUUAAGGAGAACCAGGUGACUUAAAACAUGUACCAGUUUCUUGUUCCAUUGUUAGAAAUAGGUAAACAACACAUCCUUAGAGAAGAAAUCAGAUGAUUAUUGACGUUCCUGAAAUGAAAGAGAGGGUACAAGAGAAACAAAUUACUAAACAGAAUUUGACAAAUGGCCUGAGUAGAUAUUCACUGGUAUACGCAGGACGUUGUACAAUAUUUUGUAAAGCCUGUUGUUUGGGGAGGUAUUUAUGCUAAGCUUUCUUAAAAUUAUUAGAGUAAAUACUUCUGAAAUUCAGUAUACUCUUUUUUUAAGCUUUGUCAUUUCUAUUAUUUUUCAUGGUAAAAAUUUGGUAUUGAGUUAGACAUUACCUGUACCUUUAUAGUAUCACUCCAAAGGUAAAGAACCAUAAUUGAGAACAGUUAAGCUGUGGAUGAAAUGACCAGGAGUGGAGAAAAGUAUGUAAAUCCCAGCUUCAUAGGAACUCUUUUAAUACUGUUUUUCUUACUAAAAUUGAUGUUUACGUGGCCU